CUUGCCUAUUUUUCUCGUGUUCUAGAAGCCCCAUUGCGCCUUUCUCUCUCUUUCCCCCUCCCCCUCUCCCCAUUAAUUCGCUCCUCGGCUCUCCCCUGUUCUCUUCCCCUCCCUCCUCCUCCUCCUUCUAUGUGCAUCGAUUCGUUCCCAAAGCUUUCCAGGCCGUCGAGGAGGGCGAGAGGUUUGGAUUUGUGAGAGCAAAGCGGAGAGCUUUUAUAUGGAGAGUGAAAUGAUCGAGUUGGGCAGUAGCUGCAGAGAGGAAUUGGUUCCGCCAUGGCUGAAACCCAUGCUGAGGACGAGCUUCUUCGUGCCCUGCGACGUCCACGCCGAUGCCAACAAGAGCGAGUGCAACAUGUACUGCUUGGACUGCAUCGGACCCGCACUCUGUUCUUAUUGCCUACGGGACCAAUACCAUAAGAAUCACCGAGUUGUUCAGAUACGGAGGUCAUCGUACCACAACGUGAUCAGGGUGUCCGAGGUGUCCAAGUUCAUAGAUAUAUCGGGCAUCCAGACGUAUGUGAUAAACAGCGCCAAGAUCGUGUUUUUGAACGGGAGGCCGCAGCCGAGGCAUGGGAAGGGCGUCACCAACACCUGUGAGAUUUGCUGCCGGAGCCUCCUCGACAACUUCCGCUUCUGCUCCCUCGGAUGCAAGCUGGGAGGAAUGCAAAGAGACCCGGGGCUCACCUUUGCGCUACGCCCCAAGACCAGCCGGGACUGGCUUCAUGGCUCGGAAUCGGAUGAGUCGUCGACCCCACGGAAGUUCCGGAAGAUGUCACCUGCCAUGGCCAUUGACGGCUGGAGGUGGUCGGAUGACGAGGGCGGUAGGUCCACCACAACCACCACCAGCAAUUCUCCGGCGACCUCUCCUGUUAUCAGCUACCGGACGUCAAGGCGUAAGGGUAUACCCCGCCGAGCUCCCUUUUGAUUUAGAGAGACAGAGAGAGAGAGAGAGAGAGAUAGACUGAAAAGAAGCUUAAUUUAGAAGUGACUCCUUUAGAAGAGUCAGUGUACGUGCACCGAUAUGAGGAGGAGAAAGGAAGCAGAUGACCAUGCGUCCAUAUAUAUGCUGCAUAAGAGGAAGAAAAAUUAAAAGAAGUCCCUAGAUAUUGGGGUGCCUACUUGUGUUAAGUAUGUAAAUAUAUCCACCCAUGCUUGCCCAUUUUCACGUUCAUGCGUUGAGGUGUGUAAAAAUUUCUUACGUGUCUUUUAUUCUGACCGUUUGGACCAGAGCCUUUAUACGUACGUAAAGAUGGGUGAAUAAAUGGAAUACAUGAGAUCUUCAUUACAGCAUA